AUGAUCCAAGAUUUUCCGCCAUCGGCUAGAGCUUCUGCCACACUGAACCAAGGUCCCGCCUGGGAUCUCAUGGAAAAGGUCAAGCUCCGGCCGAAAUAUGACGUUCAAGAAAGACCGCAAGGCAUGAUCAAUCUCUCGGGGGCCGUUAACAAUCUCAUGCAGGACUGGAUGAGCAUAUACGCAAGAGACAAGCUGCAGUUUCAACCAGAAGCACUCGCGUACGGACCUUUGAGCGGUUCCCAAGGCCUUCUCAAUGCUGCUGCUGGCUUCUUCAAUCGAUUUUUCGACCCCAUAGAUCCAGUCAGUAUUGGCCACGUCCUGGCAGCCAACGGCGUGACUUCGCUGAUCAACAUGAUGGCAUGGACGCUCUGUGACGAGGGUGAUGGGAUUCUGUACACCACGCCAAACUUCUACAUGCUCGAUCUCGACCUCACCAUUCGUAACAAUAUAACGCUCCUCCCUGUCUCAACCACCAGCCUCAGAGAUCCAUUCCGAUCGGGUGAGCUUGUUGAGGCUCUGGAUGCUGCGGUCCACGAACACUCGAAAAUGAAAUUUCGGAUGCUUUUCUUGUGCAACCCUUCCAACCCUCAGGGACGAUGCUAUUCGCGAAGAACUCUAGACACACUGGCGUCCUGGUGCGCCAGACGGCAAAUGCACCUCGUCGUCGACGAAAUUUACGCCAUGUCCACUUUUCAAAGCGAAAGCGAAGCUGGGCUCGCCCCUUUUACAAGCAUUUUAAGUGUUUGUUCGCGACAAAACGUCCACUGCCUCUACGGCCUCAGCAAGGACUUCAAUAUGGGAGGCGUACGGAUGGCAUUCCUCGUCAGCAGAAACGCCCAAGUCCUCGCUGCGGCCGCGAAGCUCACAUGGUUUACUUGGCUCCCCGUCAUGUCGGACAGGUUUAUCACCAUGUUUCUUUCACAACAAGACACAGUGGAAGAGUACCUCGUCACGUAUAGGUCAAGACUUGCAGAGGCAUACCGUCGAGCAGCCAUGGCGCUCCAGACAUGCCAAAUUCCGUACGAACCAGCCAACGCUGGGCUGUUCGUCUUCAUCGACCUAAGUGCGUGGUUGCAGUAUUUUGUGGGCUCUGCGCUAAACACAGGGCCUAUGUUGAGUCCAGAACUUCGCCUGUGCGAGUAUCUGAUCGACCACGACAUUUUCCUAAAUGCGGGAGAGUUCGCGGGCUGCGAGCGAGCUGGCCGUUUCCGGCUUGUUUUUACGCAAGACCCCAAUGCUACUGAGCUGGGAAUUUCGAGGAUACAGGCUGCGCUGGAUCGAUUGAUGGAGAAGCCUGUGGCGUACCAGUGA